UAAAAAAGUUAAGUCCCGCCCACGUGACAUGGCUCUCAGGCGGGCUUCCUGUCUUGUCUGGGAGCUCCUUGCUUGGUACUCCGAGUUGUUGUAGAUUUUGUUUGUUGUCCCCACUUGUAAGAAAUAACGAAAAACUUAACUGUUUGGAAAGUUAUUUUUGGAACUUAACUAGCUACAGCUUGCAACGUGUUUAACAACAAACGCUAGAGUUGAAGAAGAACCAUGGUCUCUCGGCCCCUCUUCGGGAGUAACGUAUUGAAUACAUUACAGAUGGUCUUCACUUGAACUGAAGUCAAGCCACAUUUGGCUGUUAACUCGCUCCAUUCCAAAACAUGGCAGAUAGUUUUUACAAGUUGGAAGAUGAAGCCUUUCCCAGUUGGCUUUGCGAGUCUUUGGACAGCACCAGUGGCCGUGCCACACUUGAGAAUGUGACAUUGGGUUCAGGUCCAGGACUUCCAGUAGCUGCCUCUACAGUGGCUAAAAUUAAACCAGGGUCUGAAAACAGAGGAGAUCCUGUUGAAGUGUCAUAUCUGGAGGACAGAGAGCUGCAUCAGGCCAACUCACAGCCAUCUGUUAGAGAACAGCCCAAGUUUGCCCUUAGCUUCAAAGAUGACUUGGACAAUGCGGAUGACUUCAUCGCAGCCCACCGUCUUUCAGACAUGCUGGUGAAGAUUAAUUUGGAUGAGAGUGCAUUUCAAAACCAACGCUCCAUGCUGGGGCUUCCUCCCACACAGAUGGGUUCAGUCCGAGGUCGGCCUACAGAACUUGGAACAGAUCUGUCAACAGGGCUUCUAACGUUUGCCCAGUUUGGACAUAACGAUGGUACAGAUGCACAGGCUCAGCCCUUACCAGCUACAGCUGAGGACAGUGUGCAGAGUGAGGGAAUGGACAGUGACCAUUUCAGUGGCAGUAACUCAAGCUUCCUGGCAAAUGAAAAGCUCAUGUCUGUGGACAGCAUGAACAGUGAUUCCACAGAUGAUGACAUUGAUUCAAACAACCUGCCUGAUGAUGAGCUGGAGCUGUAUUUCAAUAAACUGAUGCCUCCUGCAAUGCAGAGAGGCAGAGUGGAGGGCCAGGAGAUUCCUGCAUCACAACUGCCAAGUGCUACUGACCACAUAUCAAACCCAAGUUCUACAGAACUAGAACACUAUAGACACCAGUUUCUUGAUGACUACAAUCAGGAGGAUUUCCAGAUGCCUAAUGUGCGUCUGGCUGCUACCGGUAUGGACUCCUGUCCUGCCAGUGAUGAGGACACAGAGGAUGAGCUUGAGUCUGCCAGAAGGAACAGCAAUGCUACCAGAACACGGCUGCUGCCCAGCACCUCCAGACAACUGGUUGGAGAGAGUAACCGUCCCAGUUUCAGGCCAGGCUUAGAGGGAGGCAGUUCUGAUGAUGAGGCUUCCAGUGGGCGCGGUGGGCCAUCUUUGUCUGGGAUUGAACACAGACGAUCUGCUGAGGGACAAGUCAUCAAUCCUCCUGUCACAGGUACCCAAGGGGAUGGAGGAGGUGGGGAUGGGAGCAGCGGGAGUGAGGAAAGCGGAAAUGACGGGGGAGUUUCAACCAUCCCUCUCCCAACGACUGUUGUCCAGACCACGUAUGAUGUCCUGCGUGGGCUUGGGAUUGUGGGGAGCAGUGCUGUUGAUGAGGAUGGCAAUUUGAAUCUGCCAGGACAUUCUGAGAUGGGUGACCGUGUGGGUCCUGUAGGAAUAGGAGAGGCCAACUCUUCUUUUGGGUCAGGGGGAACUCAAAGGUUUUCUCCUGUCAACUGGAGCAUGGUCCUGGACCGACAGGAGGUACUGGUGGUCCAGCCAGAAUACAAUGAUGAGCAGGAUGAUGACGAUGGAGUAGAUGAGACUGAUGGUGCCAGACCUUCCUUGGGCUUAAGGGGAGGCCCUUGUGGUGAUGUGACUGCUGCAGAGUCCUCAGGCAGUACCAGUGAAGAUGACAACAAUCCCCUUUCCACCUCUCUGGAGCCCAAGUAUUUCGCCCAAAGCUUCCACCAGGAACAAGAAGAUUCAGAUGAUGGGUGGAACAAUUGCCCAGACGAGCUGGAGUUUCAACAAGGUGCCAAUGCCACUCAUAAUGUUGUGUACCAAAAUGAAGAAGGGCAGUGGGUGACAGACCUGGCUUAUUACACCUCCUUUGAGAAAGAAGUUGAUGGGAAGGCAUCAGAACAUGUUGGCCAGUUUCAGACUGAGAACUUUGUUCCUGCAUGUGAUGCUUUGGAAAGGAUAGCUCAGGAUCAGGAGGAAUUUGAGAAGGAGCACCAAUUCAUGCAGGAGGAGAAGAUUGAACAAGCCAGCAGUAACGGCACGUUUCACAGUGACUCAUCUUGGAAGGCUCCCACCAAUAGCCACAUCCUGAUGAGGGCUUCCCAGGUCUCCUCAGCGUUUAAGCAGGGGGACCAAAGCUACCUGCGACUGAGUUUUGGGCAGUUUUUUGGACAACGCUCUGAAGCCUUGGGCUGUCUGGGCAGCACUGACGAUGUGGAUGGGGUUAAACGGCCAUCCUUUGGCUACAUCAUUACCUCUCCAGAGAAAAGGGAACCAUUUCCCCUAAUUCACCCCUCCGAGCUCUCUGCCAGAGGCAACUCUCCUCAGAAUGACACCAUGGAACUCAGCGAAGCAGACAAAACACUCAACCCAGAGGACCUGGACAAAACUCUUGAGGCACCAGGUGAAAGAAUGUCACCGAAAGGGGAUACAGAUCCAGAACCAUGUGAACAGGAGGUACAGGACCAUAUUGUUAGAGCUGCACUAUCUGACCACAGUGAGGGCUCUUGCUCUGAUUUAAGCUUGGGUAACCAAAGCUGUGUGUCGCCCAACAAUAACAGCAGCCAUCUGAUGCUGAGUAUCAGCACAAUUGCUUCAGCCAUUGCUGAUGCCUCAAUUAGCACUGACCCUUCACAGCUGGCUGCCAUGAUCAUGGAGCUGUCAAAGAGAAGUAGAUUGAGAAAUCAACCUGAGACUGCACAACCUGCUGGACUUGUCAACUGCACAGAGGAACCACACUCAGCUAAACCUUUCCUCCCUGAGCAAGAUCAGAGCGACAUACUGGACACUUGUGUUGGGGAGCUUAGUGACUUCGAUAUGGAGAAAUACUUGAAAAAGACUGAUCUGUCAAGCAGCACGGAUGCCUCUGUAGCACACACUACCUUUGAUCUCACCGGCUGGGCCGACAACCUCAACAGCUCUCGAAGAAACCCUCAGACAGGAUAUCUUGAGGAACAAGGUAGCUCAGCUCAGCGAGUGGAUAGUGAGACUCAACAGAAACCCACAAAUACUGAUGCAAAAGACGGAGGAGGAGAGAGAACAUUAAACACUAGCUCCUCUGCAGUGCCUCCUCCAAAUGCAUUAUCUCCAGGUCAUAAGGGUCACCCAAAAAGAAGCUCUAUUCCUUGUCCUCUGAAAUCUUUCAGCUCUGCCAGUAGGUCUGUGGGCUCAGGGCAGUCUUCCACUGUCACACAUCCUGCAGACAAAAUGACCGCAUGUGGUAACUGUACUUAUUCUGCAAUCACUAUUUGUGGUUCCUCAGGCAGGACCCUCACAUAUAAUGGAGUCAAGCCAGGAGAACUGAACCCACAAGCAUCCAACACUAUUUGUUCUUCCUUAGAAACAUCACAAAUAAGUGAUAAAGGUUCUUCUGUCUCACCCGGCUUGCCAAGAACCCCACCAGACCUGAGGAAAGGGAGGUCAGGCCUGCCUUGUUUUAAAGGUUCCUCUUCUUUGCCACAGAGGGUGAGGAGUGCAGGUCAGCAGCAGCAGGACAGACUGAGUAAUUCCGAAAAGAAAUUACCAACCAGCAAUAUUAUGGAUGCUCCACUACCUUGUAGCUCUGUGGAGAUACCUAUUGGCUUCUCUUCUCAGAACAACCACCCUCCACAAGGCCCUGCAUCUGAUUUGCUGAAGGGUUCUCAGCCUUAUGUGGAGGAGACGCAGUGCAACUUCAGACCAUCCACCUCUCCGCUUACUCACUCCUCUCCAAGUCAGACCUCCAUUCCCAGUGCUGAUAGUAUGGUAUCACCUGCGUCAUCCAGUGGUGGUCUGUCAGACAAACAUCCAGGUCUUGACCUCUCACCUGAGUCUAUCUGCUUCAGCCCUAGUCUCAGCAGGCUCACGUACAUCUCAAUGAAUGAUAGCACUGUCAUGCCUUCACCUGAGAGGAAAAAGAAUAACUGUUCCAUGGCACUGAGCACCACCAUCAUCAGAAUCAGUCCAACUCCACCUGUGGAACCAGAUGCUGACCUUGAUAUUCUUGGCCUGCCCAGAAACCUGGACAAGGUCAAACCAGAGCAUUCUAAAAGUCUGGACCCACUACCAGCACAGCAGUGUAAAAGCCCAAAGCCCUCACGUAGUGCUUCUGGUCUGAGCUGUACUCGCAGCCAGAGUGAAUGUAACUACCACUACCCCAGGGACAGAACUGGUGAUCCUUCAGCAGGGUGCAGGAACCACAAGCACCUUUCUGAGUCUAAUGUAAGGCAGCUCACCAAAGUCGACUCAGGCUAUUGCAGUAAUCUGAACAUUCAGCAAACUAGCAACACUGCAACUUCUCAAAGUUCCCAGAAGUGGGGAGCUCCUAGCUCAGUGUCAACAUCUGUGUAUGCUACUGGCCUUUGCAUGCCUCCAUCCUACUCAUCAGAGGGACUUCACUAUGUGCCCAUACCCAGCUUUAAGCCCCAAUGUGCUGGCUUGAUUGACCUUCCCCACCAAGGAGAUAUGCAGUCCCUCCUGGCCAAACGCUGGGUCAACCCUCAGCUGACUCAACCGUAUUUGGGACCUGAAGUUCCAAUGCAAACUGGUUCUUAUCAUGUGGGAGCAACAGGAAACAGUCUCUACAGUGUGUCCUCUACAGGCCAAGUGGUGGUGCCAGAAGAACUGCGGUUCCCUCACAACUGCUGUGUAGGCAUCGCUUCACAAACCUCCCUCAGCCUCUUCAACCCCUCUGAGAGAUGGCAGCAAGUGUCAAUCACUGUCACUAACCUGGCCAUUGAUGGAGCAAAGGUGGAUAGCAUGCUGUACCAGUGGCUUAUAGUGAAGAACAAGACAAUCAUUGCCCCCAAGAGUACAGAGGAGCAGAAGGUGUUGUUCAUCCCUCCACAGGCUGGUGUCUACCACUGUAUAUUCAGUGUUUGCUCCUGGCCUGCAUCCACAGAGACAAACGUUGCUGCAGGGGCCAACAUCUUUGCUAAAAAGGUGGUGCUGGUUGCCAUAGCAGAGAAUCCUGCACUAGAGGUUGAAGUAGGCAAAUCUGGCGGUCUGGAUUUUGGAGACCUUCCAGGAGGCAGUGCCAAAUCCCUUCCUCUCAACCUGAUCAACAGGACUCAUGCUACAGUGCCUAUCCGUCUGAUUAUCAGUGCAAACGCUUCAGCAUGGAGAUGCUUUACUUUUUCCAAGCACCCUGUUACCAUUACAUCUGAGGCAACACAGCAGGCUGGACACAUGGCCCCAGUGUCCUCUCCCUCAGUGAUGAAUCACGUGAUGCAUGCCAACUAUGGAGAGAAUCCACAGGGCUUCAUGGUGUGGGUUCACUUCAAGGCGCCUCAGAAGUACACAGUUUCUUCAGGAGAGCUUGGUCCGGCUGAUGAGUACAUUGCUCGGGUGGACAUUGAAGUGGACUCUCCUGGUCCGAGUCAUGUGAUCAGAAGUAUUCCUCUCCGGGCCAGGUCUGGAACUGCAAGGGUCCAUGCUCCUAAAGACCUGCAGACUGUAAGCCUAUCUGCUCCACUGGGUAAAUCUAGUCAACAGACACUGCCAUUAAAGAAUGCAGGAAACCUUGACGUGCAGCUGAAACUCAAGAGCAGUGAGGACAAUUUCUCUGUGACACCUGAUGAACUGUCCUUGAGAAUGGGAGAGGAGCAAGACAUUGUGGUCUCCUUCAAAGCACAGGGCGACAAAACAUUUCAAGAGAGCCUUCUCACCAUCUUGGUGCUGCCAUCAGGUCCUCAGUAUGAGGUAACCCUGAAAGGAGAAGUUGUCCCAGAGGACACUGGAAAACCUGCCAUUCCCUGUGCUGCUGUCUUUGGUCCUGGUGUUGCCAAAGAUGUUCCCCCAAUUCUCUCUAAUAAACAGUUCGUAGCCUGGGGAGGGGUCACUUUGGGACGAGCUGUCCAACAGAAGCUGGUUCUAAGGAAUAACUCUCCCAAUGCCACACAGCAGCUACGGUUGCUUAUUCGUGGUCAAGACCAGGACUGUUUUCAGCUUCAGAGUAUGUUCAGUCCUGAAGAGCGUCUGACCCGGCACGGGGAGCUGUCCAUUCGUCCCAGGGAGGACCUGACCAUCCACCUGCUCUUUGCUCCCACCAGGGUUGCUUGCAUGUUAGCCAAGUUGGAGAUUAAACAGUCUGGAAUCCGGUCUUCACAGCCAGGAGUCAAAUUCACUAUUCCACUGUCGGGUUACGGUGGGACAAGCAACAUAAUCCUGGAGGACCAGCGAAAACAGGCAGAUGGCUAUUUGGCAACACUGACUGACAUUGCUGUUAAUCGUGUCAGCAAAGUGUGUCUGUGCGUUAGGAACACUGGCUCCAGAGCAGCUUUCAUCAAAGCCGUGGCCUUCUCUGAUGUGCAGACACGAUCAGUUAUGGAUUCCUCUGUCAUCAGCCUUGCCCCGUCACAGUUUGUACUUAAGGAAAGGACACAAGAGGUGAUCACUGUGUUAAUGAAGUCCACCCAAAGAGAACAGGUCCUAUGUCAGUCAACCAAUGCACUGCUGGCUACAGUCUGUCUGUUUUGUGGAGAUGAGGUCUCCAGGCAGCAGUAUAGAAGAUUGCUUCAGAGCAAACCAGAGGCUGUGCGGAAGGCUCUGUCUGAAAACAGUGUACUUAAAAACAUCAACUUCAAUGAGAAGUUCCUGGGAGAAGAUAAUGUUACAGAGAUCUACGAUCUGCCCCAACGCCCCAAUGAAGCUCACAUUUUCUAUGGAAACAUGAGUAAGGUAGUGGUGUCGUUGCUGGGAACUAACACAAAGUGCACAGAGUAUGAGCAGAGUGACCACACUGAGCUGCUGACGCCCUCUGCCCAACAAAGUUCAGAGACGAACAGUGGUUUGGCAAAUGGCAAUGUGUCUCUGGAUGUGCUGCCAGUAAAAGGUCCCCAAGGUCCAGCCCUGCGAGUGGCAGAGCCCUCUUUAAAGCCUUCAGAGUCACUACAUAGGCAGUCUGAGUCCUGGACCAUCCAUCCAGAACAACUUCUCCUUGCAACUCCCACCAUCGAUGGUGCAGCCACCACAUGUCAGGUUCAGAUCCGGAACAAUACAUCUAGAGAGCUGAGCUUUGAUUUGUCCUGGCCCGCUCACUGCCUCACCAUCACCCCUCAGCAUGGAGUUAUCGAGCCUCAGUGCCACUUACAGAUUUUGAUCAGCCCCAACCCAUCACUAGCAACUAAAUCUACCCUGCUGCCAUGGAGUGGACAGAUUUAUGUCCAGUGUGACAGUCAACAGAAGUUUAUUAAGGUCCAGAUUCGUGGGGACCUGGCUCUGGAUGUGUCUGCAGCCCCAGCAGACAAGACUCUAUCAGCCCUGCCUCCUCUGGCAGCCACGCCAGUGUUGCCUGUGGCCAGGCUCACUGCCAAGCCAUCACUACCUCUGAAGACCUCACAGGCGCCUCAAACCCUGGUGGAGAUCAGCAACAAGACCAUCACGUUUCCCUCCACUUCCUCUGGGGAAGCAUCAGAAGCCCAGCUAGAGGUGCAAAAUGGGGAAGUGGAAGUGAGGUGGUACCUGUCAUCAUUUGCUCCUCCAUAUGUCAAGGGGGUUGACAACACUGGAGAUGUUUUCCGGGCCACUUACACUGCUUUCAGAUGCUCCAGGGUCUCAGGCACUCUGGGAGCCCAUGAGAAGAUACAGGUGCCAAUUACUUUUCUGCCCAGGGACAGAGGAGACUAUGCCCAGUUCUGGGACUUGGAAUGUCACCCUGUGUUUGAGCCCCACCAGAAAACCAGAAUCCGCUUCCAACUCUCUGGCACUGGAAUAAAUUCUGGACCAGUGGAACGACCACAGGAAGGAGACUGCUCUCUGGUGAAGACUGAGGCCACAGUCAAGACCAGGAAGAGAGCUGAUUCCUCAGCAGGCAAGACCAGUCAGGAGGAGGCUGUGCGGAGAGGUGUGUAUUCACCACAAGAUCUAUACACCUUCCCAGCCACACGAGUGGGUGAAUCCAGCACUCUGAAGGUUAACAUCCGUAACAACUCGUCUGAUACCCAUGAGCUGACAUUUGUAAACCCUAUGGAGCCCUACAACAUCAAGCACUCCAAAUAUUCUCUCAGAUCCCAGCACUAUCUGAAGCUACCUGUCCAGUUCAAGCCCGGUACAGCAGGCAGACACACCGGCUUACUGCUUAUCCAGUCAGAAACAAGUGGAAGUCUUGUUAUUCAGCUGACUGGUGAUGCAUUGCCUUGAAUCCACCAUCCUACGCCACCUCCUCAGGCUGGCUGGCUUCGGGUGGAUGCUCUUCCCUGUACUAUUGAUCAUGGGACAGACGAGUAACCAAGAAGAAAAGACAAAACUGCAAACUGGAGAUGACAGAGACUCUCCUGCCAACACAGUCCUGUAUGCCUCUGGAUGUGGCACAGAUGUCGUCAGCUGGCCAAUGAGUGCCUGUUUGUGCCUGGAGCUGAAUGAUUUUGUUUCACAAAGCAAACCAUUUUUGUUACUUCACUCUGGAUCUGGUAUUUGCCUUAUCCAUGAGUCAUGUCACAAGAUCGCAUUGUUGUUGCCAUGGCCCCUGUCAGACAGUACCAGUUGAGUUGGUCACACAGGAAUGCCUUGUCUCUUUUUGGAAAAGCCAAACCAUGUUUGUUUUUUAGCCAUGUUCCAUAGCAAAAAUUUGAAAAACGGACAGGGCAUUCUUAAUCGUAAUAAGACUACAGGAGAUUUAGGAUUUAUUUUUAUUUUUUUAAUCACAACCUUUUUAUUUAAGGUCUGUCUACUUUUCAUAAAAUGUUCUUAAUCUUCUGUACUGGUGUGGUUUCUAUGGAAAUGGCUCCCCAUCAUGCAGAGCCCAUCCACAGUGCCCCUUGUCAGCGCCAUGUGUUGAGUUCCUAGCAGCCUCCAAGACUCGUUGACCCAUGAUCAUUGAUGCUCAAGGCAACCCCAUUGACGAAUGAUUAUUACAGGCUAAGAGUGAACUCUGGUGGGGGUUUUGUAUGGCAGCUUGCUAGGCCUGCUUAGUAUGGUUAUCAUGGCAAAAUAGUGUUAAUCACUGUUCCAGUCACAGAAAAUUACAUCCCCCUUUUGGCUCUUUGUCAAAUGGGCAAAAUUGCUUGGGGCCAUUGGAUUCACAUCUAUAAAUGAUUUUGGAACUGGAAUGGUGUUGGGAAAUGUUCAUUAGAAGAAGGAUGUGUUAACAUUGUGACACCCUUUUGGAAAUAAAAAAAUACUAGAGUUAAGCAUAAUUUUCCUUUUAGUUUUAAUAUGAAGGCAAUAUAUUGUCGCAGGCUGCUCUCAACAUGCACUGAAAACUAUCUGGUUUUUUGAUUGCUAACGUUAGCUCAAAAAACAACCUUGUUGUGUUUGAUUGCUAGCUUGUAGCAGCAGUGAACAAACUUCGUUAAGUAGGUUCAUUUUCACUGUGUUGACAUUACAGAAGAAAACUACCCUGACAUUUUAAAUUUACAAUUUGCACAUGAUUUAAGUAGUAUAUGGUGUAAUAUAUUGUAUGUACACAUUUUGAAUAAAGUUUUGUGAUAAAUA